UAAACCAAAUAGUGAUGAAUUGAUUUAAUACUCGAAAAACAGUUUACUUUUAUUCUCUACUUGUUUGAACAAACAUCAUUUUGGGAAGUUCUGCUAAUCUAUUCAAGUUGUGAUGUUUAACAAAUAUGACAGAUUUACCAGCGUAAGUAAAAGGAAUAACUCGAGUCAUGUCAUGAAAGCUUACUAAUAGAAUAUAGACCCGUGGCAUCUGUAGUUGUCGUUCCUAAACAAGAUGCGCCAAACGUUAAAAGUCCCCGCAGGAAACGUCGACAAUCAUCCGUGUCCGAAGAAGCUUCAAAACGUCCCCGGAUCUCCACCGAAGGCAGCGUCGGCUCUCCCUCAACACUACAUUCAUCUCCACAAGCUGUCGACUCUUUGAAGCAUGAAUCAUCUGGAAAGACUCAACCUCUUACCAAUGUACCAGAAGGGUCAAGAAAUGUUAAUCCUGAAAGACGAAGGAGUAGUGUUCAAGAGGAGCGCAAGCGCGGUCAAAGAUUGUUUGGAGGCUUGUUGAAUACCCUUAAUCAAAGCACACCAAAUGGACAACAGAAAAAGCGACAAGAAAUUGAGGCGCGACAAAAGGAAAGAGCUGCGCAAAGAAAAGUUGAAGCAGAAGUUAAGAGGAAGGAAAUGAUUGCGAACCUGAGAGCUGUACGAAUGGUUGAGCAAGUGAAAUUCCAGGAAGAAUCGGUUAGUUAAUUUCGAGAGAUGGGAGGGAUAUAAGGCUGAUGGUUUUUAUGAAGAUGAGGAUACGACAUACGAAUAUGUUAGCUAUGGCCGGGUUUCUUUCCACGGAAACAGAGCCAAAACUCGUGAGGGCUACACCACAUCUCUGCCCAUACUACUUUGAUUGCUAACUUAUCAAGUAUUACAAACCAUGGCAAUUAUCAGUCAGGAAUGAAGCCACAAUCAAAGCUCAAAUCGAGAAGGUUGAGUUUCUGAUCGAAGGAGAGAAGUCCGAGUGGGCAAGGCAACAUCAAGAACAAGGUCUCAAGGUUGAAGAGGAAUCCGAAGUAAAGGUGAUGUCUGAUGUGAUGAUGGGUGAGCCUCAUACAGAGCCUCCAUCUAGUUCUAACAUUGAUACUACUAAUCCUAUUUCUGCACUCGUUGUUCAGUCCUCACAGGGUAAGACUGAGAAAGAUAACUUGGAAGAGCAUAAUGGCGAGGUAGUAGUAGAGGCAGAGGAGGAUACCGUCAUUUACUGAUUGCUUUAUAUGAAUCUGUUUAAGGAGUUUGCUUCGAAUGCUGAAAUGAUCAAAUGGUGUUUGGGUGAUAAUAUCUUUAGGGAUGAUGUCUUUAGGAGUCACUGAUAUCCCGAGCCGUCU